GAUACCAAUGGUGUUAAGGCAGAGCCGUCAACCCCUGCCAACAUGCUGGAAGAGGGCGAAUCCACGAAUGCACCGUCUGCCAGCUCAGGCACUCGACUCAUGACCCGAAAACGAAGAGGUACGAUACAGUCACAACCAAUCCCUCCUUCGAAACGGAAACGGCAGGAGUCUCCGAUCGAAGAGGAUAACGAAUUUGGUGCGACACCUCCUCCGAAGGGCAAUACCGUUGCGGCCACGCGGAACUUUGCAAAGAUGUCCUCAGCGAUCAUGAACGACAUCAACAGUCACAAGCAUGCUGCUUACUUUGCGACGGCUGUACGGGAGAAGAACGCACCGGGCUAUAAUGACAUUAUCCAUCAGCCACAAAACCUCAAGUCGAUCCGUACAGCGAUCACCGCCGGAACCAAGGCAGUCGCUGCAGCCGCAGCGGCUCUCGAAUCAGCAGCCGAGUCAUCAGCUCGAGCCGCAGAUGGGUCUACCACAGUCGAGCUCGAACGAACCGCUGAUCUGGAACCCCCGAAAGCGAUUGUGAACGGCGUACAGCUGGAAAAGGAGCUGAUGCGCAUGUUCGCAAAUGCAUACAUGUUUAAUCCUGGCGAAGACGGAAUGGCACUCUCUACUAAGGAGUUCUUUCAUGACGUCGAGCAGAAGAUUAGCGAUUGGCGCAGCACCGAACGUGAGGCUGGUGGGGAGGACGAUGAGGAAGGCAAAAGUAAACGAAGGAAAGCGUGAAGCUGCGUUGGAUGAAGAAAGAAGUGAAGCGAAUGUGACUUGUACGAAGCAGAUCCUUUGAUCCUGCAAUGGACGACCCGCAGGUGUGGCGUCCAGCUGUGAUGCUAGAGUACCCUGUACGAAAUACUGCUGUUUCGUGUUGACCAGCACACAUG